ACUAAUUUGGUUAAGAAUACCUAGAAUUUUCGAAAUGAUAACAUUCUAAAAAAUAAGAACUUGAGAAAGGUUUUCAAACCGUCUCUACAAUUAAUUAAAAUUACGUAACCGUACCAUUAUAGGCUCACAGGAGAAAGCUAGAAAAGGAAGGAAAAAAAAAAAACACUAACAAUGGCGAGAAGAAGAUUUCUGCUGUUGUUGAAACCUUUCGACGCGUACCCAUCUCUCCACCGCAAUGGUCUCUCGUCGCGCGUCACGAACCCUAAGGUACUAAAGCAUCUAGACAACAGGCGUUUGGUUCACAAGGAAGCUAUAAAUUUCUGUCAGAAUGUUUUGAGGAAUAAGUUUGUUGAUUGCAUACCAGUCUCCCGCCAUGACCUACAGCCGAUUCGAGAUGUAGAUCUAGUUAUUACUAUAGGAGGCGAUGGUACAUUAUUACAGGGAAGCCAUUUUUUGGAUGAUAAAAUUCCGGUUCUUGGAGUGAAUUCUGAUCCAACUCAGGCAAGAGAGGUCAAUGAAGAUUUUGAUGCUACAAGGAGCACUGGCUAUCUUUGUGCAGCUACUGUUGAUAACUUUGAACAAAUAUUAGAUGAUAUUCUCGAGAAUCGUUCCAAGCCUUCAGAAGUUUCAAGGAUGUUAAUUCGUCUCAAUUCACAACAGCUGCCAACUUAUGCUCUUAAUGAUAUAUUGAUUGCCCAUCCUUGUCCUGCAACAGUUUCGCGGUUCUCAUUCAGAAUCAAGAAAGACGACCAGCCUUGUUCCCCUUUGAUUAAUUGCAGAUCAAGUGGUUUACGAGUGUCAACAGCUGCUGGAUCAACAGCAGCUAUGCUCUCAGCAGGUGGAUUUGCUAUGCCUAUUCUAUCCAAGGAGCUCCAGUAUAUCGUAAGGGAGCCCAUUGCUCCUGGAGCAAGCCAUGGAUUCAUGCACGGAGUUAUGAAGCACAAUGAAUUAAUGGAGAUUGCGUGGCACUGUAAAGAGGGGAUAAUCUAUGUUGAUGGUUCCCAUGUUGUUUAUCCUGUCCAACAUGGGGACACAGUUUUACUAUCUUCACAGACUCCCACGUUGAAAGUCUUUUUGCCUUCCCGUUUGUUGUCAUGACUCAUGAGUGUGUAUAUGUAUAUAUGCACCAAAAAAAAUAAAUUUUUGUAUAGGUAUAACAUGUGGGCUUGGAAACUGAAAUGAGGAUUAUAUUUCUGAAACAUGGAGCAUAAAUUUCUUGUGUCAUACCCAGUUUAUAUUGUUUCUUGCCA